CACAGGUUGACGCAAGGUAGCCCACCAAGGAAGCCCAUAUGGAAGAAAUUCGCCAGCAACUGGAAGAGAUGUUUAGCAAGCUCAAUUCAAUCGUGGAGCGGCUUUGACCUUGCUCGUAAAGAGACAGUAAUCGAAGAACUGAACCGGGAGGCGUCCGCAUCUGACUUUUGGGACGACCCGAUCAACGCCCAACGCAAAAUGCAAGAACUGGGCCAACUCCAGCAGUCUGUAGAGUUGUGGCGCAACCUGCAAUCGCAGGUAACCGACCUGCGGGAAUUGGCCGACCUGGGCAUCGAGAAUGGCGAUGACAGCCUCACCGAGGAACUGACGGCAGAGACUGCGAACGUUGCCACCGAACUGUCCAAGGCCGAAAUGCAACUCACCCUGUCCGGCCAAUACGAUGACCGGCCCGCAAUUUUGACCAUUCAUUCCGGCGCCGGCGGCACCGACUCGCACGAUUGGGUUGAGAUGCUGGUGGGAAUGUAUGCCGGCUGGGCAUCGUCGCGCAACCGACCCGUGCAGGUGCUUGAUACAGCCUACGGGGACGAAGCCGGACUACGCACGGGCACGCUGGAAAUCGGUGGGCAGCACGCUUUCGGCUACCUCAACGCCGAGGUGGGCGUCCAUCGGUUGGUACGAAUGUCGCCCUUUGACCCGGCACGGCGUCGGCAAACGUCGUUCGCCCGUGUCGAGGUUCUCCCAGCGGCCCUGGAAGAAUCGGGCGAAGUGGACAUUCGACCGGAUGACCUCAAGAUGGAUUUCUUCCGGUCCAGCGGGCCCGGGGGGCAGAACGUGCAAAAAGUCGCGUCAGCAGUACGGCUCACGCACCUGCCCACGGGGCUUGUAGUUACGUGCCAAACCGAGCGGUCGCAGCACCAGAAUCGGGAUUACGCCAUGCGUAUUCUGCGUGCCAGGCUGUUGGCGCUUCGAGAGCAGGAGCGAGCGCAGCAACUUUCCAAUCUGCGCGGCGUGCGGGUGUCUGCCGAAUGGGGCAACCAGAUUCGCAGCUACGUGCUGCAUCCAUAUAAAUCGGUGAAAGACCACCGCACUGACUUCCAGGUUGGCAACGCAGACGCCGUGCUCGCCGGCGAGAUCGACGGGUUCAUCGAAGCUUACCUGGUCAGCAAGCUGGGCAACGACAAAUAG